AUGUUAUUGCAGAUUACUUAUCAAGACAAAGCUACUCAGACUGAGACUGAGGAAGAAGAUACAAUUGAAAAACUACUCAAAGCCAUAACUACACUUUGUAUAAAAGUGGAUAGUAUGGACAACGAGAUACAAAAGCUAAAGACUAAUGAAGAUAAUCUGAAGUCUAAAGCUAGUCAGCAGCAUGACUAUAAAAAUGCGGAGCUACGUCGACCGGAAGACGGAAAAAACCCAGAGCUAAAAGGAGACGAUGGGAAACUCCUUAAAACCCAUAACGUUUGUUUAAAUACAGCUGCAGGUACAAGUAAACAAGUUAGCGAUAAACAACAUAAAAAUGCUAACUUAAACCAGCUAUUUGCAAAACCAUUUACCCAAAGGACACCUAGACAUGUGUCUAUAGAACCACAAACAUCUACAUACGCAGAUAGCUUACAAAAUCAAAAUGAGAAAAAGACAUAUAACUACAUCACACGAACCUAUAUUGAAAACAUCCACAAAAUUCAAACCUAUUUAAACUGCAACCCCAGAUCAACUACAAAAGAACCAAACCAAGAUUAUUUAACCCAA